AACGCCCGGGAUCUGAGCUCCCAUUGGCUGCGAAAUCCCCCUUUAGUUUGCAAUUUGCUAACGGGAGAGACAGAGAAAGAACACGAACGAGGAGCGAAACAGUGUUACCAAAAAAGACACCCAAAUGCAGGACGGCGCAAGGUGAAAACGGGAUAGAAAAGGCGAAGGGAAGAGAUAGGCAGGUGGAACAAUAGCACGCGAGACGCGUGGGGGUGGGAGGCGGAAUGAACAGAAGAGGGACUGAAGGGUAAAGGAGACGCGACGAGAAGAAGGAGUCUCCAUGAACGCUUGCGGUGAAAACAAAAGACACCGGCAUCUUUAGAAUAAUCGCGGUGCGCGGAGACGACACACACGCACACGCACACGCACACACACACACCAGCGUUUUGGCUUCAUUCGGCUGUUUCUAUGGGUCCCAGUGUGAUGUCACCCCCGGUUAAGAACCUCAAGUGUUUCUCGCCGGUCAUGUGUCAGUGUAAGGUCGUUUGCAGCAACCGGACGCUGUCUCUCAUGUUUGGAUGCAAGAAAUACCGUUACCAAGAUGAAGACACGCCCCCUUUGGAACACAGUCCUACCCACCUAACCAAUCAGGGGAAGGCUCCGGAGCUGGUUCACGUGUCCGAGAAGAACCUAUCCCAGAUCGAGAACGUGCACGGAUACGUCUCCCACUCGCACAUCUCCCCCAUGAAGCCGGAACUACUUUCUGGUGGCCACACCCCGUUGUAUACAUCCGCCGCUUCAACACUGGCAAACUCCCAUCCCAUGGUUGUAAAUACAGACAGUAUCGAUGCCUCUCCAUACGUAAGAAACAUUUCUACUGUCAACUCACGUCUGUCUGUCUGUCUGUCUGUCUGUCUGUGCAUCAGCCUGACUAGUACACAAAGCAAAGCAUAGGGAAGCAUUGUAAAGCACAGAGAGGUGUGGGGAAGCAUUGUAAAGCACAGAGAGGUCUGGUAAAGCAUAGGGAAGCAUUGUAAAGCACAGAGAGGUCUGGUAAACCAUAGGGAAGCAUUGUAAAGCACAGAGAGGUCUGGUAAAGCAUAGGGAAGCAUUGUAAAGCACAGAGAGGUCUGGUAAAGCAUAGGGAAGCAUUGUAAAGCACAGAGAGGUCUGGUAAAGCAUAGGGAAGCAUUGUAAAGCACACAGAGGUCUGGUAAAGCAUAGGGAAGCAUUGUAAAGCACAGAGAGGUCUGGUAAAGCAUAGGGAAGCAUUGUAAAGCACAGAGAGGUCUGGUAAAGCAUAGGGAAGCAUUGUAAAGCACAGAGAGGUCUGGUAAAGCAUAGGGAAGCAUUGUAAAGCACAGAGGUGUGGUAAAGCAUAGGGAAGCAUUGUAAAGCACAGAGAGGUCUGGUAAAGCAUAUUACAAAAACAAACCAUGGUAAACUAUGACAAAUGCACAGUAUAACAAAGAGCAUGGGGGAGGAAAACAAAACUACAACAAUAAAUUAUAUAUAUAAUAUAUAUAUUUUUUUUUAUUAAGAUCAGCAGAAGGGUACAGUACAAAAUACAUAUAUUUACUGUAAUAUACAAAAUGUCAUAGUGUGUGUUUUGUGUAGCUGUUCCAGCUGAUCCUUUGACUAACAUGGGCCUGUGCCUUCAUCAGUGUCUGCUUGUGAUUAAUUGCUUUGCUUCGGCUCUCAUUAAUUGUGACUCUGCCCCUGGUUUGAGUCACUGAGCUGUAGCUCUCUGUGUGUCUCUGUGUCUCUGUGUGUGUGUGUGUGUGUUGAUCUACAGCAGGGUUCACCCACCCAGUCUGCCAGAGCAUAUUAAUCUCGCUGAUCGCAUCCCCAUUUCAGAGCUGACUCCUGCUGGAAAAUUAUUAUUAUUUAGUCAUUUAGAAGGCUUUUAUCCAAAGCGACUUACAGAGACUAGGGGGGUGAGCUAUGCAUCAUCAACAACUGCUGCUGCUGCUGCUGCAGAGUCACUUCCAAUAGGAGCUCGUUUGUUUGACGUCUCAUCCGAAGGACGGAGCACAAGGAGGUUCAGUGACUCGCUCAGGGUCACGCACACACGCACACACACACACACACACACACACACACACACACACAGGGAGUCAGUGGCUGAGCCGGGAUUUGAACCUCCUGGUACCGAGACCCCUUUCUUUAACCACUUAAAAAUAUAUCUGUAAAAUAAAGAAGGAAUUAGCGAGGAUCGCUUUUGCCAGAUCUGAACGCAGUCUCCCUGCCAGGUCAUUACGUUGGGAGACCAAUUGCUUUCCUGACGUCACUGGCAGAGAAGAGAGCGACACACCCCAUUUUUUUUUUCCAAGUGUAAUUCCAUCGUUACCUGACGGAGCUACACUUUGGAAUCGAUAGCCCCCCCCUCCUUUUUUUUAAAAACAGACUGUGUCCCUUUUAAUGAGAAGAUAGAAACUCAUUCUCAGAUUAGCAAAAAAAGCUAGCUUCAGGUUGAACUCCACAGUGAUGGGGCAGCAGUGUGGAGUAGUGGUUAGGGCUCUGGACUCUUGACCGGAGGGUCGUGGGUUCAAUCCCAGGUGGGGGGACACUGCUGCUGUACCCUUGAGCAAGGUACUUUACCUAGAUUGCUCCAGUAAAAACCCAACUGUAUAAAUGGGGAACUGUAUGUAAAAAUAAUGUGAUAUCUUGUAACAAUUGUAA